AUUAUGCAUCGAUUCGACGCCGUGGUGUUCCGCUGAGACCGUCCCUGCUCGCUCGCUGGUUACGUCGCGUUGGCUCAAGCUGAUAUAUUCCUUGGGCGAUUAGCUUCUACGGCGGCUGAUCUCCCUUGCCGCGAUCCCUCCGCAGUCCCUUUCGCUAUCCCUCCCGAUCCUAACUCGCGCGCUCCCAACCCACAACCAUGGACCAGGCCGACAUACCGGCGCUGCUGUCGCGGCUGGCUAGCGACGAGGACGCCGCGCGCAAGAUGGCCGUUUUCAAACUGCAAUCCUCCAUCAACGACCCCUCCUUCGCCGACGUCUUCAUCUCCUCCGGCGGUCUCAUCAUACUCCGGCGCUUGAUCAUGAGCACCGGCGGUAAUACGCUCGCAUACUCGCUGCAGAGCCUGAGUCGGUUACUCGAGGUAGACAUGGGCUGGGAUAUCUUCGAAGGUCCGACGGCGGGCGACCUCGUCGAGCGCGUCGUCGAGCUCAUCGUCACUAACCCCCUCGUCAAUAUUCUCCGCGGUGCCAUGUCCAUUCUCGUCGGGCUCGUUAGCCAUUCGCAGUCUACCACGGGCCCGUCCCCCGCGCGUCCGUCCGUGACCUUUGGGUUCCGCGCGCUGAAACCCGCCGUGGCCGUCUACCCGCAGUUUUUCGACCUCGUCAUCCAGCAGUUGCAUUCGGCAGAUCACGCCCUCUGUGCCAACGCCCUCAUGCUCAUCAACGCUCUCAUUAGAGAUGCCGUGUCUAGCGAACAAACCGAGAACAGCAGGAUGAGUGGCACGGGGGAAGAAUGGCCCAAGUUCAUCCGGAAGCUGCAGGAUCUAGGUCUGAUCAAGGCGGUAUACAACCUCAUGCAGGGUUCGGCGCUGCAAGACCUGGCCCACCCUCUUUUGGAGUUUCAGUCCCUGACCAAGGUCCUGCUUCAGAAGUGGCGCGCGGUGCAGGUCGACGUCGAACGCCCGGAGCACAGAAGGGCACUAAAGGGACUCCACCUCGCAAGCGCGCCAAAUCGGGACCACGUGAAUGGAGUCGGCAGGAUCGAAGAGCUCCAGGAAUAUGGCAAGAAGGGAAGCCGAAGACACAACCCUGAGAAGUGGAGAAGGCUGGGCUUUGAGACCGAGAGCCCGGCAGGCGAGUUUCAGAGCAUAGGCUUUUUAGGCCUGAUGGACCUCGCUGACUACGUGCGAAAGAACGAGGACGGGUUCCAGAAGUUGCUCCUGGAGCAGUCCACCCGACCGCUGCAUGAACGCUGUCCCGUCGCUCGGGCCAGUCUAGCGGUGACCCUCAUCUUGUACGAGCAUUUCGACUGCGACAGGUCCGAGAUAGAAGAUCUGAGGGGAUAUCAGCUAUCGGACGGGAAGCACCAGGACAAGCUCUUUCGCCCGCUACUUCUCCAGUGGUCUAGGGUGCACUCUUGCGGUCUCAAUGCAUUUUUCAAGCUGUGGAAGUCCACGGGCGCGGAGCAAGAUGAUUUCGAAAAGGUGGCUGAGCUUGUUCGCAUCCUCGUCGACCAGGUGGUAGGGCAGGCCGGACGAUCGAAGGAUAUCCUGGAGGUUGAGGAAGAUCUGAUGGAGUACGACUUCGGAAGGCUGCGUGAGCUUCAGAUGGAGCUCCUGGAGCUCUCAUUCGACGACCAAUGGGGUCAGUAUCUCUACAAGGUGCGGGAAGGCCUCAACCAAGAAGCCCUCACGUUUAUCAAGGAGCAACGUAUCCGAUGCCUGCUGCAAGGUGCUUGGUUUUCGAAGCCGCCACCGCGCAAGGAUAGCCAAGGGACGGCACUCCAAAGCCGUCGUGCGGCCAAUGGGACGCUCUGGCGAUACGCCAAGCUAUCGCACAACCGCCGCCAUCUACACUAUGCCGAUUUCGCCUUGCGGACCGCCCAGGAGCCGAAUUUGGAGGCCCUCGGGGAGAUGUUAGACCUGCAGCAGGUCAGCUCCGUCGCGUCGAACGUGUUCGCCUCAUCCAACGAGGCCGGUGGCGAAACGAGCAAUAACACCAAGAUCACGAUUUACGGCCUCGCGGACCCGGACGACACGCAGAAAAACGGCGACGCGGCCGACGCAAAAGAGCAGCCGCUACUCACCCUACAUCCUCUAACUCACAGUCUAGCGUCGGAGUGGCUCGACGGCCUGCUGAUGCUGCUCAACCAGGCACCGAUAACGGCAGAAACCAACAAGCUCAUAAAGCUGAUCGGAGACUACGGGUUGAAGAUCAGGCUCCUCAACGUCCGGAUGGAGGCAACCUACGCCGGGCCGCCGGAAGAUGCCGGUGUGGUGCCGAGCAGGGAAGGGCUCGACGACGACUACUGGUACGACAUCUGAUACGGCGUCUUUGUACGAUUGUACGAGCAGGCGAGGGCGUGUGGGGAAAGGGAGAAGAAGUGGGUUGUACGCAUUAUCUGGCA